AAAAACCAGAUCUGAAAAACCAAAUCUCUACUCCCUUCCGUUCCCCAUUCCUUUUUCUCUAUCGAUCUCUAGCCCAUCUCCUCAUCUGUUCUUCUCCCUUCUUGCUUUUUUCUAAUCUAAAGACCAUCUCUACAUAUUUUCUCCUUCUCCCAUCUCCAGCUCAAUCUAGCCUCCUCCUUUGAUGUUGUUUGUAACUAGAGAGGAUAUCCAGCCAAAAAUCUCAUCAAUUUGAUUAAUUCUUCUAUUUCGAUCUCAGAGAAAGAGUGAGUAAGAUGUGGGUCCUGUUUCUCGGUGGUAAAUUUAUCAUAAAUCCUUGGGCUUCCCUAACUCAUGCGAUGCAAAUAUGGGCUCCCCAGAUUGUGGUCAACGGAUUGGAGUUGGGUCUUGGUUCCUUCAACAUUGCACGAUUGUGCAGCUGCCGGAGGAGUUGCAGAUUUUAGAUUCGAUGGGUCUAGGUUUUUUUGGGUUUUUGGGUUUUUGUUUUAUUUGUUUUAGGGAUUUGGUGCCAGAUUGUUCUUUGCUAAAUUGAUUUGGUGGUCGGUUUUCUUUUGGGCAAACAUACAAUUUUGGUGGAAAUCAAUCAUGUUUAUGAUG